AUGAGGUUUCACUUCGAUCCAAAUAAUGCUAAUCGAAUUAUACAAUAAUAAAAAGAGAAGCAAUAGAAAUAACCAAAAAUAGAAAUACCAGAUUCUUAAAAUAUCUCCUAAACAUUAUCUGCAGAAUAGUCAAAUGAAAAUUCAAAUAUAGGAAUGUCAAUUUAAAAUUAAGAAGCAAAUUCUAAAGAUUAACAAAAACUACCUUCUGAUUUAAAUAAACACAUCUAUGAACCAAAGGAAUCAUGGGAGAAAUUACCUGAUUAUCCAUUAGUUUAUUAAGAACUUAAAAUUCCUGAUUGUAAUUAAAAUGAGAUUUAUCUUGCUUUAUAUGAAUAGUGUUUUAAUGAAGAAAUAGUCAAAUUUAAAGAACAUUAUUUAUAAUUUAAGGAACUCAUUUUUUACUGUGAAAAAAUGUAAAAUAUGAUGAACACAUUUUUAAAAAAGGAAAGAUAAAUGAAAGAAAAAUAUUGUUAACCAACUUAAAAAGAUUUGCCAUAUCUUAUUAAAAAAUUAGAAUAUCAAUAAUAAAUUAAAGAAUAUGAAAAAUCUAUUGAGAAAUUUAUCAAAGCUUAAACAAAAAUUAAGUUGGUUUUAUAAAAUGAUAUUUAAUAACAUGUUAGUAUUUAAAUGAUAAAUCAUUUAACUUAUGAUUAAUCAUCAAACCAUGAAAUAUUUAAUCAGAGAAUAAAUGAAUUUCUUGAGAAAAAUUCAAAUUUAAAAGAUCAAUUAAUAUAGAGAACAACAGAACAUGUAUAAUUAUUUAAUAAAUUUAUUAGUUUGUAAAAUUAUCAAUUGAUAGUAAAAAAAUUUAAGAAGAAAAUUAGGAAAUAUAAAGACAAAUCUUGAUAUAUGA